AUGGAUUCCGCGGCCGGGUCCUCGAACGCCCUGGUGCGCAAGAGGACCGACACAGAUCUGAUGCCGCCUCCGCCUCGCGCAAAGAGGAUCAGAAGACCCAAGAAGGUGCUGGACGAGGAUACUUACACCGAGGCACUCUCUCAGAUCAUCGCAAGAGACUUCUUCCCGGGGCUAUUAGAGACGCAGAUCCAGCAGGAGUACCUGGACGCCAUGGAGUCGAAAGACGCUGCCUGGAUAUCAAGCGCCGGCCAGAGGCUUCGCCACGUCAUGACGCCUGGCCGAAAAUCAACCUCAGCGCCAUCUUUCAACGCUACAAACGGCAACAGGACUCCUACCAGCUUUGUGGGCGACACGCCAGCCUCUAUGGCACCAAGCGUUGCACAAGAUAAGCAGCGGCCAGGCUUUGAUCUAAGCCUAUCCAAGUUUCAGGCUACCUACACCAGCGAGGAUAACGAAAGCUUUUACAAGUUGAUCGACAAGCAAAACCAGAAGAAGGCUGAUAAGUACGCCUGGCUUUGGCGCGGCAACAAGCUUCCAUCUAAGCAGAUGAUCAAACAGAAAGAGGUCACAGAUAGACUGGAACAGACGCGAAGUCUUGUCGAUGACGGAUUCAAGAGAGACCGGCUGGCAAUUAAAGACAAUGAUGAACGACCUGCACAGCCUGAUUCUUGGAAGGUCGCCCCUCGGAAUGGCUUAAUGUUUCAGCCGGAAGGCCUAGAGGAUGGCGUCAAAACCCUUGCUGAAAGCACGGAGGAGCUGUCUCGCAUGGCGCCGAGGUCGAUCAGCUAUGAGAACACGAGGAUGCCGCAACCGCAUGUGCCACAGAGACCCCCUUCGCCAACCAUGUCGUCGGUUCGUGAUGCGAUUGCAGGCAGGCCGCGACGACACGACGCCGACUCCAGUGUUAUCGGAGGCGGUGAAACUCCUCGCGUGAAUGGCUACGCCUUUGUGGACGAUGAAGACGACGAUAAUGAUACUGCAUCUACACGCCUUCCAGCACCGAUUAACCUUGGGCCUGGAGACGCAAACAACCCCUUCAAGAUACAAGACCAGAGGAAGCGAGAGGUUCUUCAUGAACGAAUGGUGGAGCGAAUAUCCAAAACCAAAAGCGAGUCUCAACGAAACGGAUUCACGGGAAAAGCUGCUAGAAUGGAGACGCCGAGAUUCACUAGCGGCCCCAAAACUUUGGGAGGGCUAACACCGGCUGCCCAGAGAUUAUUGAGCAAGAUGGCGACGCCUAUGAGAGGGAGGGCAGCAGAUUCCUUUGGACAAGCAACGCCCAGGAAGCCAAAAAGUUCGCUCUUGAAGAGCGUCAGCAGAGUGCCACCCAAAUCAACGUGA